AAGUCCGUCAGGAACAAGGGCAACCUGACCCAGCACCAGAAGGCUCACGGCCCUAAAAAAGUCCACCAGUGCAAAGAGUGCGGGAAGACGUUUAAGAAAAACAGGACCCUGAUCCACCACCAGCGCCGCCACGCUGGCCAGAAGCCCUUCCAGUGCCCCGACUGCCAGAAAUCCUUCAUCUUCUCUUCCCAUCUCCUCCUGCACCAGCGCAUCCACACUGGUGAGCGGCCCUACAAGUGUGGGGAGUGUGGGAAGGGCUUUACACGGAGCUCCAGCCUGAUCUGGCACCAGCUGACCCACACUGGUGAGAAUACAUACCAAUGUGGGGAGUGUGGGAGUGGCUUCAAGUUCAGGAAAUACCUGAUCAGACACCAGCGGACCCAUAGCAGUGAGCGACCCUACAAGUGUGAGGAGUGUGGGGAGGCCUUCAAGCACAGCACCGACUUGACGAAACACCAGCGGACCCACACCGACGAGAGGCCCUACAAGUGUGCACAGUGCGGGAAGGGCUUUGUGCAGAGCUCCAACCUGAUCAGGCACCAGCUGACCCACACCGGGGAGAAGCCAUGCCAGUGUGGGGAGUGCGGGAUGGAGUUCAAGUUCAGGCGCUACCUGAUCAGACACCAGCAGAUCCAUAGCAGUGACCGGCCCUACAAGUGUGGGGAGUGCGGGAAGGGCUUUGUUCAGAGCUCUGCCCUGAUCAGUCACCAGCGCAUCCACACUGGUGAGCGGCCCUACAAGUGUGGGGAGUGUGGGACACGGAUCUCCAGCCUGAUCUGGCACCAGCUGACCCACACUGGUGAGAAUACAUACCAAUGUGGGGAGUGUGGGAGUGGCUUCAAGUUCAGGAAAUACCUGAUCAGACACCAGCGGACCCAUAGCAGUGAGCGACCCUACAAGUGUGAGGAGUGUGGGGAGGCCUUCAAGCACAGCACCGACUUGACGAAACACCAGCGGACCCACACCGACGAGAGGCCCUACAAGUGUGCACAGUGCGGGAAGGGCUUUGUGCAGAGCUCCAACCUGAUCAGGCACCAGCUGACCCACACCGGGGAGAAGCCAUGCCAGUGUGGGGAGUGCGGGAUGGAGUUCAAGUUCAGGCGCUACCUGAUCAGAAACCAGCGGAUCCAUAGCAGUGACCGGCCCUACAAGUGUGGGGAGUGCGGGAAGGGCUUUGUUCAGAGCUCUGCCCUGAUCAGUCACCAGCGCAUCCACACUGGUGAGCGGCCCUACAAGUGUGGGGAGUGUGGGAAGGGCUUUGUGCAGAGCUCCACCCUGUUCAGUCACCAGCGGAUACACAAUGGCGAGAGGCCCUACAAGUGUGGGGAGUGUUCGAUGGCCUUCAGUCACAGCAGCAAACUGCUCAAACACCAGCAGACCCACAGCAAUGAGAGACCCUACAACUGUGGGGAGUGCAGGAAGAGCUUCAAGCAGAGGAAAUCCCUGAUCACACACCAGUGGAUGCACACGGGAGAGCGACCCUACAAGUGUGAGGAGUGCGGGAAGAGCUUUGUACAGAGCUGCAGCCUGAUCAGUCACCAGUGGACCCACAAUGGUGCACAGCCCUACAAGUGCGGGGAGUGUGGGAAAGCCUUCAGUCAGACCAAUGACCUGAUCAAGCACCAACGGACCCACACUGGUGAGUGGCCCUACAAAUGUGAGGAGUGCGGGAAGAGGUUCAGGUACAGCAACAGCCUGCCCAGGCACCAGCGCAUCCACACUGGUGAGCGGCCCUACAAGUGUGGGGACUGCGGGAAGAGCUUUGUGACGAAGUCCACCCUGAUGAAACACCAGCGCAUCCACACUGCUGAGCAGCCCUACGCCUGCGACCA